GGUAAGUACUCAACCAAGAGGAGCUAUUCACACUACGUUAAGCUAGUUUUCUCACUUAGGGUUUGUUGUCAUUUAUUCUUAUCUCAAGUGUCUGCGGCCAUUAUCCAGAUAACCAAAUCUUCUUCAACAAGAGGAGGCUCUUUGCCACAUUUUCAUCUAGCUUCUCAGAAAGAGGCAUGCCACAGAACGUGUCAGGCAUGAGCAGUGGGCAUACCAGGCGACGAGAGGAGUUGAAGGUUGUGAUAGUAGGUGAUGGUGGAUGUGAGAAAACCUCCCUUCUCAUGGUUUACACUAAAAAAAAGACUUUCCAGAGAAAUAUAUUCCCUCUGUGUUUGAAAAAUGUGUCGCCAAGGUGAGGUACAGAGGGGCUAAAUUUAGCCUGAAUCUCUAUGAUAUUGCAGUGGUACCCCAAGGUGCAUCACUUCUGCCAUGGCGUGCCCAUUAUCCUGGUAGGAUGCAAAACAGAUCUGCGGAAAGACAAGGCGUUGGCAAGGAAACUGUGGUCCUCAGGCCAGAACCCCAUCACAUACAUCCAGGGUGAAGAGACCAAAAGGAAGAUCAAAGCUGAGCUCUACUUGGAGUGUUCAGCCAAAUACAAGGAGAAUGUGGAGGACAUAUUCAGAUAGGCUACCAAACAAGCCCUUGCAGCAACAAGGAAAUCCAGAAAGACAAAGAGGAACGGAUUCUGUGCCCUUCUGUGACCCAAGAGAUAAUGCUAUCCACCACCUUGAGCUCCUGAUACAGACAAUACUCUAGCCCUACUCAGGGAAAACACAGAUGAUGACAGACUACUUCUCCCUACGACUCCUCUUAUAAUAUUGUUGCUGCAUUUUACCCUUCUGCUAACCGACUUCCUUUGUUGUUCCUUCCUGCUAAUUCUUGACACAUUGUCAAAAUGUGUUUCUUUAAUAGAAAUGAACAACGCCCUCAAGUUAUAGAACCACAAAUGGGGACAUUUGGUCUUAGAAAGUUAAGGAGGCAUGAGGAAGAAGUUGAAGGGGAAGUGGACAGAGGAGGGCUGCAGACUGGUCGUCUCUGCCCUGUGGUCCAGCUGGUUCUGCAGCCGGGUGAUAUUGGACAGCUCCUCCAGCUCCUGAAACUGACGGUCAGUUUUGUGACUGACCAGAGAGCGGUAGAAGUGCACAGCGAAGACGAUAAACACCAAUCCAAAUGGCACCAUGAUGGAGGUGGAGGCAAUGGCUGCCGCCUCACCAGAACUGAUGGUGCCAUUAUCAGUUGGGCGCCUGAGGGGCAGGAACUUGACCCAGCACAGCAGAACCACCUCGGUCAGGAAGAGCAGGGUACCAAUAACAGUGGAGAAAGCCCAGGCCAGCUCAAUGUGGCGGUGCAUGCGCUCAUGGGGUGACUCGUUGACCGAGUUCAAGUUGUGAACGUUGCUGACGGCCUCCAGGUUUGGCAGGAUACAGGUGCUGAUCAUCAGGGCGAAGAGGUGCACUGCCACUAGGACAGUGGUGCAGGCGCUGAAGGCUAUCAGCAGCCCUGGGGGAUACACAUGAUCUGGCUCCAGCUGCACCUCCACCAUAGCCACCUGAAAUACAGAGAGGCAUUUUAACACGAAACACUGACCGAGAGAGCAACGACCAGGAUUUGAUUCAGAACAAUUUGAACAGAGACAAUGAUCUAUUUUAUAGCUCAACCACUGCAAGUGACAAUUCCAUGUUUUUCUCUGUUGGGUGCCGGCUGUACAGAAAGAUGUAGCCUAACCCGUGUGGCCAGGUGACAAUUGUACUGGGUCUAACUGUCUGUUGGGUGAGUGACUGUCAGAUUAAAUGUUAUUGGCUUGUAUGGUA